AUGCGGAAAGGGAGGGUCUGGGUUGUUGUCCUUGGUGACUUUGGAAGAAGCCCCCGCAUGCAGAAUCAUGCCCUUUCCCUGGCACAGCAGGCUGGAGUUCAGGUGCAUGUGAUCGCAUAUGGAGGGAGCAAGACAAACGCAGCAAUUACUAAGCACCAAAAUAUCAGAGUCCACACCAUACCUGAGCUGCGUCAGCUUGCGCAAGUGCUGCCCCGCUCUGUUGCGCUCAUAAUCAAGGCAGCUUUCCAGGCUUUCAUGCUGCUCUUCAUGAUGAUCUUCUGGCUGCCAUCCCCAGACACCUUGCUCUUGCAAGUACCUCCUGCCAUACCAACAUUGGUGAUGUGUUGGUUGGCAUGCGUCUGGCACCACGCCACUUUUAUGAUCGACUGGCACAAUUUUGCACACACCUUGAUGGCUUUGUCCAUGACCCACAAACACCCCUUGGUGGCUUUGGCGAAGUUGUACGAGCGCUUCUGGGGGCGCUUUGGCCACAAGCACUUGUGUGUCAGCAAAGCAAUGCAGACAGAGCUGGAGAGAAGCUGGCAUAUUAAGGCCACCGUUUUCUAUGACCGUCCACCUUCACACUUCAGGCCCACCCCCUUGAAGGAGCAGCACGAGCUGCUGUUGCGCUUGGGGCCUGUGCUGGACGCGCCUGUUCACCCGAGGGACUGCUGUGGGCAGUCUAGGCCGCGGGAGGAGGAGCACAGCUUGACGGUGUGCACGGAGCGGCUGGGCGGCGCGGACGGUCGGGUGAGGUUGCGAGCAGAUCGGCCCGCGCUCAUAGUCAGCAGCACCAGCUGGACACCGGACGAAGACUUCCAGAUUCUCUUGGAUGCGGCACAGCAGUAUGACGCCCAGGUGCGGCAUUCGAUUCUGUGCAAUGCAGUCAGAAGCAUCUGUGACAUGAGCGUGGUCCGCGUGCAGGCUGUGGAGAGGCCGAAAGCGCUGCCGCGGCUGCUGUUUUUGGUGACGGGGAAGGGGCCGCAGCGCGCGGCGUACACAGAGGGCAUGCGGCGGCUGGACUUGCAGCGAGUGGCCUUCCGCACGGCCUGGCUGGAGGCGGCAGACUAUCCGCUGCUGCUGGGCUCAGCUGACCUUGGUGUCUGCCUGCACACUUCCUCCUCUGGCUUUGACCUGCCAAUGAAGGUGGUGGACAUGUUUGGCUGCGGGCUGCCUGUGUGCGCAGCAGACUACAGAUGCAUAAAUGAGCUGGUAGUGGAUGGCACGAAUGGCCUCCUGUUUGACAGCGCAAGCAAGCUCGCUGCACAGCUGGUGGAGCUCUUUGAGGGGUUCCCUCACACAGAGAACCCCCUUCUGAAGGAGCUGCAGGAGUCAGUGGCGGGAACUGGUGCUGUGACAUGGGAGGAUUCUUGGGAGAAGAUCGUGCUUCCCCUGUUCACCCAACAGCACUGA